AUGUCCCCAGGUCCGCGCUGUCUGCGCCGCGCCGUUCCCCAAAACCCCCUCCAGGGGGUUUUGAGGGUCCCCCGGGGCGGCUCCCGGCCGUGCUGUCCGUUCUCGCGCCGCGCUGCCCUCCGGGAGCUAACGCCGUGUCCUUUCUCUUCCAGGUCGACGCACAACGAGAUGGAGAAGAACAGGCGAGCCCAUCUGCGGUUGUGCUUGGAGAGGCUGAAGGUGCUGGUGCCGCUCGGGUCCGAAACCAGCAAGCACACGACCCUGAGUUUGCUAAUGAGAGCGAGAUUGCACAUAAAGAAGCUUGAAGACUACGACAGGAAAGCCCUGCACCAAAUCGACCAGCUGCAGCGGGAGCAGCGGCACCUGAGGAGGCAGCUGGAGAAGAUGGGCGCGGAGAGGCUACGGAUGGACAGCAUCGGAUCCACCGUGUCCUCGGAGCGCUCGGACUCGGACAGAGAAGAGAUAGACGUGGACGUGGAGAGCACGGACUCGCUGCCCGCAGACCUCGACUGGAGCAGCAGCAGCAGCCCGAGCGACUCGGACGAAAGAGGGAGCCUGCAGAGCGUGUGCAGCGACGAGGGCUACUCCAGCUCCGGCGUGAAGAGAUCGAAGCCGCAGAGCAAUCAGAAGCCGUGCCCCGCUCUCUAAGGAGCGACCCCCGGAGCCGUUCCGCCCGCCGCUGUCUCCCUGUUGGAUCUCCUUAGGUAGGAUACCGGACCCGCCCUCCUCCUCGCACGUAAAUCUUGCACCGCCGACAGAAACGAAGCCCGCUUUGCCGACGUCCCGAAAAAGCGCGUGGGGGGCACGCUGCCCUCCGCAGCACGCGUCCCACCGCAUCCGUUCGCUUCUCUUCCCGUCGGGGAACCUCGGCGAGACCGCGCGUUCCAGCCAGCCCUCGGCGCGCCCGAGAAUAUCGCGGCGGUAACAGCAACGCCGGGACGCCUCGGCUGUUCUUCGCCUUGCUGUUACCGCCCGGUGUUCUGGAUUCGCGUGGUGUUCGCCCGGCGGUGCCACGAUCAGCAGCGGGGCCCAAGCGGGCGUCGCUGGGCGACGAGACAAAGGGAAACCCGGCCUCAGGUAGCUUGGAUCCAGGAGAGGGCAGAGGCAGGUCUGCGAGCGGAGCGUUUCGGCUGCGAGCUGCUGGAGCGUUACUCAGAGGGCUGCGGGUAGGACCCCUUCGGCUUUGACCCGUCUCAGAAAUUCCUGUAAUCCCUAAAACCAAAUGGUACGAGCCUCGUCCUGUGCAAUGUCUGACCUCACGCGCUACGGCCGCGUAUUUUAGUGUCCUAGGCGAGCGGUCCUAGGACGUCCUUCACGCUUCUUGUCUCGGGGACUAUUUUUUUCUACCUCGGAGAGAUGAACAAAGAUUAUCUCCAUCCCUUUAGCACAAAAAAAAUAAUAAGAUGAUGCCUCAGUUGUUUUCUAGAAGCGACGCUUGGCCCCGCUCACACCCCUCUCGUGAAAGUUUAGCAAUAACCGGCGGCCGAGCGCUCGCCUGUCCCAGCACGCGGCUCCUGGCGAGUCCCCGCGGGGCGCCGCUGGUAUGGAAGCACUUGGCCGGCCGGCGGGGUUGUUUUGAGGCACUCAGAGAGGUUUUUGGGGCUUCCCAAAGCUUCUGGGCGCCGCCUCAGAGAGAGAGAAAACCAAACACGGAAGGAAAGGACGACCCCCUGCCCCGCGAGCCGUGGUUUCCGACCCCGCCGACGCGCUUGGGUCGAGGCUAACCAGAGCACACGUAAAUGUACAUAGAGCACGCGAGCUAUAAAUAGUAUUUAUUCCUUUUCUAUGAAACUGGUGUAACCGAGAUACGUUCCGAUGACUUUUAUAGUUGUUCCGGAAUCUUUGUACGUAGAGGUCCGCUAACGGGGAGAGAGAGAUUUCUUCUUUUUUGGCUCAAAGCGUUUGAAGCUCUUUCUAUUCCGCCCACCCGGCAAACCUCUGGCGACGAACACCGAGCGCUCGGUGCGGCACGCCGACCUCCCGGCCCCGCGUUCGGCCACGAGAAGUUUGUGGCUUUGCUCUCCGAGGGCUCCGGAGCUCCUCCAGGCACCAAAACCCAGCCUGCCGUCGUUAAAACACUCCCGUGAGACACGCAGGUCCUGAGGCUUCGCUCGUCAAGCUGCCAAAAGCCACUAAAAACGCUCAGCAAGGUGCAAAGGAACGAACCAUUAGUCUAUUCUUAUUUUAUUUUUCAACCCGUAAGCUAUUUUGGGAUCGUUUGAGCUCUUUGAGGAGCAAGAGGCUGGGAGACGGGGCUAGUGGAUCGCUGAAAUCUCCGAAGCCUGCGCCCUGCUUGUGCGUGCUGGGCUUGAAAAAGAAACAGCGGCGCGAGAAACGUUCCUGCAGCAGCUGGAGCUGCCUGGCGCCCCGCGGACCUGCGCUGAUCCACGCCUCGUGUAAACCUUCUGCCCUGGGAGAAGUCCGGGUCUUCCCGAGUCCGACAGCCAGCUCGAAGCGGUCCACUUUAAAAAAAAAAAAAAAAAAGACAAAAAACCCACAAAAAAAGAAAAAUAAGAGGACAAAAGCCACGAGGCAAGCUGGGAGGCUGCCCUUGGAGGUCUGCCGCUCCGCUCCACGACGCCUGGGGAUCUUGCCAGCUCUUUUCCCCCCCCCCCCACGCGGUGCAGGUGCUGCCUCGGCGCCUCCCAGCCCAGCGCUGCCGCUCCUGCUGCCUUCGGGACGGGAACCCCAGUGUUGGGUCCUUGGGAAAGCACCGAGAGAGAAAAAAUGCCGUGUUUCAGUUAGCCGCACCGAGUCUUAAGGCUUUGCCUCUGUAAAUUUGUGCGUGUGUGUGUUGUGCCUUUUUUUGGGGGUUAACGGCGUUGUUUUGGUGAAAUGCUGUGUGUUUAGUUUCGUUUUCAUUUUUUUCCUCCCCCUAUAAAGCAGUAAUUAUUUGACCUUUGCACUGUUUGGACGUGCUCCUCUCCAGCUUGACGGCGCCGAAGAGCUCCACCCUUGGAAAACGAUGCACUAAAGCCCAACGGGCGCGUGGCAAAAACCCCGGGCUUUUUCCCCAAAACUCCCCGUGGGGUCCGUGCCCGGUCGGCGCGCCCGGCGGCCCCGGUAGCGCCGCUCUCAGUUUUGCCAGCCUUUUCCUCGAAUUCACACCAGCAUUACUAAGAAAUAAGCUGCAGCAAUUAGAUUUUUGUAGAUUGUUUAAUUAAAAAAAAAAAGGGGGGGGGGCAGCGAGGAGCCGCUCGCCUCCUCCGCGUUUACGAUUGCACAGCCGCGCCUGAGCCCAAACCACGCUGUUUUUUUUUUUGGGGUGUUUUCCUUGUGGAGGAGCAGUCCCGGCGCGGAUGGCUCUUAUUUAUGGGGAGCGCUCGGAGCUGCUCGCGACGGGCAGAGGAAGGGAUCGGGUUUAUCCUGCCGCCGUCCUGCCCGCGCCGCUGCUCCUCUCCUGGGCAUUAGCGGCCGCGCGCCGCCCCGGCACCUUGCUCCGUCCCGCAGCACUUCUGCCCCCCCCCCCGUGGCAAUAGGUACGGGCUCGGCCUCCCCCCGCCGCCCCCUUUUUGUACCCGAUUUCAGGUUUUGACACUGUACUGUAGCGGGAGGGAUUCUGCCUUGGCCACUGCUCCCUCUCUGCUCCCCUGGCAGCGCUGGUGGGGUCGUUUCGCUGCUCCAGGUGCCAGCGGCCGGUUACCCAAAGCACCUGGGCCGUCCCCGUGCCCCUCCCCAUCCCACACCCCCAGUUUUGGCCGGAAGAAAUUCAGCAGCGGCGUCUCCAUCCCCCUGCCGCGCGCCUCGCGAGCCUUCCCGACCCUUUAAGCGGUCUGGGUGCACUUUUGCUGCGUUUUCUUUGCCCUUUCCCCCUUUUUUUUUCCCCCUGUUUUGCUUCCAAAUUGCCCCAACCUCCCCCCCCCCCCAACCAGCUUUUAUUCCUGGCCUGAACGGGGCAGCAGCGGACGGGAGCAGGCGAAUUUUGGUUCCGGCCGUUCAGCUGCGGGUGUAAUAACCCGGCAUUACGCCUCCUGUGUCGAGCCCACCCGAUGGUGCUUUUUCUUACAGUUAGCACAGGCGAUUUUAGGAAGUUUAGAGGUGUUUUAGGAGCGUCUUGCUGUGUGUAUGUAUACUUCUGUAUUGUUUGACUGUUAGACAAUAAAUUAUUUCAUUACCAAA